UGCGCACCUGCCGUAUAACCUUACGCAUAACCAAAGUCCCUUCCAAACAUACUGCAGUAGACCUGACAGGUAUGGAAAUUAAGGAAAUAGCCACGCUAUAUCCAACAUAUUAAAGUUACAUACUCUUUGCAUUACGCAAUGUGACCUGAUACCCAGGCGGAGCUACACUAUUAGUAAUGUCAUCGUUAUCUUUUGACUUAACCUCCUUAGGCUCUGUUACGCGCGGAUUUGCUGCAACACUAUUGCUUCGACCAUUGCUGCUAACAGUGGUAAAAGACUGCGAAAGGGGGGGGCGGAGAUUCGCUGCCAAAACUUUCGGAUCGUCGACGUUUUCGACCAAUACGCUCGUCACGGUGCUUAUCGUGUAUGUUGCUAUAUGGGUAGAGAUCUAUGACUUGAUUAUCGACGGAAUAAUAAUAGCGGGAAUUAUUAUUGGCUAUCUCAUCGUCCCCGUCGCCCUCGUCGUCCUUACUGUCCUCAUCGAGCUCAUCGCGUGUGCUGCUGUAUGGAUAGAGAUCUAUGAUUUGAUCGUCGACGGAAUAAUAAUAGCGGUUCUUGUCAGCUCGAGAUAGAGACCGCUUCUUGGAAGGCGGGCCUGAGUCUGGCAAGUCGGUACGAGGAAGCGAGGGCGGAGGAAUCUGGCUUGCGAGCGUGUCAUUGAUUUGGGCUUGGGGAUACGUCGCAUCUCCCACAGCAAGCAGAAACUUAUAUGGACUUUUUCUGGACUUGUGAAUCGUAACAGUAUUGGCUUCAAAAAUAGACCAGGCAAAACGGGCAAACAG